AUGUUGCGGUGGACUUGUGUACUGAUUGUUUGCUUGUGGUUGGGAGUAGCCCAUGCUGCAAAUUCUCAUGAGACUGGCAUAGGUUCUAAACCGGGCUUGAAGGCCACAUCAUGUCCUUGUGGCAUGUCCAAGAAAGGAAGAAUCGUUGGAGGUACCAAGGCUCUACCAAAUGAGUACCCAUGGAUGGUAAUGUUAGUUGAAGGAGAUAGUAGAGAUGUAAUGUGUGGUGCUUCCAUCAUUAACACUAAUGUUGCCAUAACAGCUGCUCACUGCACCCAUUAUUUGUCUAGAUAUACAAAACUCAAUGUCAUCGCUGGAACAUCAGAUGUAAAUAAGCCCGGUCAGGUUGUGCCCGUGAGCAGAUGGAUAGAACACGAGAAAUAUAACAGUCCUCAAUACGAUGCAGCAAGGACUAUAAAUGACAUCUCUCUUCUUCUAUUGGAAAAACCUCUUGAAUUCAAUCCCAACGUAGGACCAGUCUGCAUGCCAAAUGGAAAAUACGACAUUGAGAACCAAUGGGUCAAACUCAUCGGAUGGGGUCAGCUCGGAGGAUACCUGCCCCCUACCAGAGAUCUGAUGGAAACUGACGUUAAAGUUUUACCAUUCAAGACUUGCCAGUCGAAGUUCCCUUUGAAAACUCCUCAAACACAGAUCUGUACCCAGGCCCCAGGCAAGGGAGGCUGUAUGGGUGACUCAGGUGGUCCAGUGACUUAUUUGGACCCUAAAACCAACAGGUACACCUUGGUAGGCCUCGUAUCUUUCGGCAGUGGAAACUGUGACCCAAUUGUCCCAACUGUCAUGACAGAAGUAUCAGCAUUCCUACCUUGGAUUAAAUCCAAAAUCAAUACUCUUGGAUGUCAAAAGGUUAAAGGCAAGAAACGGAAGAACUUAGUUUUAGGAGGCUAA